AUGAGUCGAAUAAGCCCUAGAUCCCCCAUUAUCUUCUCUCAAUCUACUCUUUUGAGAAAACCUCCACCAACCGAAAAGAAGCUUGAGUGCACCCUAGAGGAGUUGUGCUAUGGAUGUGUCAAGCAAAUUAUGACCAGUAGAGACGUUAUAAUAAAUGGGAUAACUGAACAGCAAGGAGAGAUGGUGAACAUAACAGUGAAGCCAGGAUGGAAGAAAGGAACAAGAAUUACAUUCGAAGGAAAAGGUGACGAGAGACCAGGCUAUCAGCCAGCUGACUUGAUUUUCUUGAUAGAUGAAAAACCACACUUGUUAUUUGAAAGAGAAGAUGAUAACUUGGUCUAUAAAGCUGAGAUCCCAUUGGCACAGGCUCUUGUAGGCUGUGCCAUUUCAGUUCCAUUGCUGGAAGGUGAGAGGAUGAGCUUGUCGUUCGACAUCGUAUUAUAUCCAGGAUAUGUAAAGAUCAUCAAGGGCCAAGGCAUGCCGACUGCAAAAGAAAUGGGAAAGAGAGGUGAUCUAAGAAUCAAGUUUUUAAUUAAUUUCCCAAUGUCCUUGAGUCAUGAACAACGAUUUGAUGCUUCGAGUAUUCUAAAAGAUUGCUCUUAUCAUGAUUUUCUUUAA